AGCCCAGCUGACGAGGAGAAUUAAGUGUUACGUGCGAGGAACGGCUUUUCUAAUCUCUGAUCUCUGGGAUUAUUCCUCCAGUGGACGGGAUUCAGCCCCUGUCCGUGGUUUUUGGCCACUAUUUUACGCACACUGCGCGCCGUUUUAGUGCGGUCAAGCUUGCGCCCUUGCCAUUUGCAUGAUGGAUUAAACCCUCAAUAGUUUAAACCUAGAUUUGGGUUUGUUCUCUCUGAACAAUUGUGGAUUAUUAAUGGACUCGCACCAUGCUAAAUGAUGAUGAUCUUUUGGUCAGUGAAGCGCGCAGCCGUACAUUGGAUUAAGGAGCCGAGAUUUUCCGCAGCGCUUGGACCACGCACCUGUUUAUUCUCCUGAGACACUCGGACCUGUUUUCCUGUUUUGACGCGCUGGGAUGGAGAGUGAGCUGAGACCCAGGCUGUGUUUCCUGACCAAAGGAGAGGGCGGCUAUGGGUUCCACCUGCACGGCGAACGGAAUAAAGGCGGACAGUUCAUCCGCAAAGUGGAGCCCGGAUCUUCGGCUGACCUGGCCGGGCUGAGACCAGGGGACCGGGUCGUGGAGGUGAACGGGGAGAACGUGGAGAACGAAACGCAUCAUCAAGUGGUGAAUCGUAUCCGCCAGGUGGCCCACCGCACCAGACUGCUGGCGGUGGACAGAGACACGGACGACUACCUCCGCAGCCGUGGCCUGGCCUGCACCGAGGACCUGGCCAUUGAGAUGGGAACCCUCUCCCCGCGCCCCUCACCCGCGCCCACCCCCUCCUCCUCUCCCAUACCCAGAGAGAAUUCACCCCCAUCAUCCAAACCCAACCACACACACCAGCUCCACCCUCGUGCUGCAGACUCGCCCACUCACAUGGUCACACAAGGCGAGAUCAAGAGAUCCUCAGUGACAUCAAGUACCGCAACUGACACAGAGCUGCAGGCAGAGCCCUCACCGGAGCCGACAACUGAACUCUUUCCCCGCCUCUGUAUCCUGGUGAAGGCGGAGCACGGCUACGGCUUCAACCUGCACAGCGAUAAGACAAAGCGUGGACAGUUUGUACGUUCUGUGGACCCCGGCUCAGCCGCUGAGAGAGCAGACAUCCAGCCCGGAGACAGACUGGUGGAGGUGAAUGGAGUGAACAUAGAGGGCCUGAGGCACUCGGAGGUGGUGGCCCUCAUUAGAGCAGGAGGGCAGGAAGUCCGCCUCCUCGUGGUCGACCAGGAGACGGAUGAGCUCUUCCACAGACUGGGGAUCACACCCACCGCCAGCCAUGUCAAAGAAGUCUAUGGAGACGAAUCAGCCCCAGAAAGUGCCCCACCCACCCCUUCUCCUACCACUGAACUCCCUGCCACAGAUCAACCUAUCAUAAAUGUCACGGUCACAGACUCCCCAAUCCCAGAGAUGUCUCCAAAAUCCCGGGCUAAUGGGAGCUCAGCAUCCCACUCCUCUAGAAGUUCCACCACCCAGUCAGAGAUCAGCAGCUCAGACAUGAGCUUCCAGGUCCCUGAUGAGGACGACAGGCGUGUUUCCGACCCUUUCAUGGACAGUGGCCUGCGUCUGAGUCCUACGGCUGCUGAGGCUAAACAGAAGGCCCUCGCCAAGCGCAACAAGAAGAGAGCGCCCCCUAUGGACUGGAGCAAGAAACAAGAGAUCUUCAGCAACUUCUGAGCCCUUGAUUGCCUGGAGUGAAAAGAGAAGCAGCAAGAGAAUGGCAUAGAACGAGGACUAAUAACGUGAUUCCUUACUGUUGAUAUUGUAGUCAUAAGUACAGUACCUCAAUCUUGCAAAGGGAAAGGAAAGAAUUACCUGAGAAGGAAAAGAGUCAAAUAGUAACAUUCACAUAGUAAUAUUCUUAAAUCCUGUUCUGUGUAAAAACAGAUUUUAAGAUAUCAAAUAGUAUUCUCUAGAUACUUACCUUACAGUAUCUAUAAGGACAAGGACAUGUGUGGAUGUGUCAUGAACGUUACAACACACUGCACUAAGCAAGGAGAUUAAUGACUCGCAGACCAUCAAUUGAGAGACUUGUCAACUGAAAUGGUGCCUGGUCACGACACAGUGUUUCUCUUUACUAAAAUAUAGUCAUUUCUGAGCCAUGAGUAGUGACUAUGACUCUACAGCCUCUAUGCACUCCUGUUUGUGUAUCAGUAAUAUUAUCAGCAUUUGUCUGAUUUUGGGCCAUAUCUGCUGUUGAUAUGCUUCUCUGUUGUAACCUCUGUAGAUUUUACUGUUUUUGAAGUACGGGUUUCAUGUCUUUCUUUCGGGUUACUGUGAGCUUGUCAUCCUGCAGUAGGUGUCCGUAUGUUGAUGUUUUGUUUGUCAGUUUAAUGUAGCACAUACCUUUAAAUGUAAAUACAGAGGGAAUGGGAGAAGCUAAGUCACGAUAUGCAUAUUUGAUCACCUCAGUGCUUCUCUUCAAUGCCAGUGAUUUCUGUAAAGGAAAAUAUUUAAAAGACAAAUUCUUGACUAGAUAGAAAAACUGUAUAACGUCUGAUCACUUCUUGUAGGUUUUUGAGGAAUUUUCUCUCAAAUGCACUUGAUGGUUGAAACUUGUCACAACGUGAAAUAAACUUUCAGAAUGUGUGUAAAAUGUCA